AUGUUGCAGUUCAGGAUGCCACCUCAGUGUUCCUUCCAGGGUAAAUGGCACGUGCAGCUGAACGAGGGUCGCGAGAGCGACCUACCACACAAGCUUGAGCCUGUAGGCUAUGUCAAAGGCGUUUCAACCGACAAGGACUCGAAUGGAACUGUCACCAAGACAGCCACCAACACUAUUGAGCUAAAGAAGAAGCGCGCUAUGGAGAUUGGGAUGGCGCCAUUUAAGAGUCUACUUCAAACAGGCUUUAUGAUGUGGAUGAGCGGCAACUCCAUCAACAUCUUUAGCAUCAUGAUCACUGGCAUGAUUGUCAUGAACACUGCGAAGUCACUUUUUAAUAUGAAUAACGCCUUUGCCUCAGUAAAUGACGGUGUGAUUAGUCUUACGCAGCCUAAGGCUAUUUACAUGGCUGGCAGUUUGAUUGGAGCGGCUAUGGGCGUGUACAAAUGUUCCAAUAUGGGAUUGUUGCCAACAACCAGCGCCGACUGGACGUGGUUGUUACCAAUAAAACAUGCGGUCGAGACGUCGUCGUUCGCUUACAGUCUUUAA